UUUAAUCUUCGUAAUAUUCGCUUCCUAUAAAAUUUUCGUGCCCGUAUUUGCUAAAUUAAAAACAACGAGCACAUUUGAAUAUUUAAAACUAAGAUAUGAUACAAAAACUCGAUUAUUGGGUUCAAUCCUUUAUCUUGGACACAUCAUUUUAGUUUUACCCAUCGUUAUUUAUAUUCCAGCUUUAGCUUUAGUUCAAGCGACCGGCAUCAAUUUACAUUUAAUCAACAUAUUAUUAUGUGCAGUUUGCAUUUUUUACACAAGUAUUGGUGGAUUAAAAGCUGUUGUGUAUUCAGAUGCGCUUCAAUCGAUUGUUAUGAUAGGCGCUUUAGCUAUUGCUUUUACUUUGGGUGUUAUUAGAUGUGGUGGAAUUGAAAAUAUAUGGAAUACCUCGUAUGAAAACGAACGAUUAACGUUGGUGUUUGAUUUAGAUUUUACUAAAAGAAAUGGAUUUUGGGCAGUUUUAAUCGGCCAAUUUAUCGCUUGGAUGAGUUUUAUGGGUAUUAAUCAAACGUAUAUUCAGAAGUGUUUAGCUUUACCGUCACAAAAAGAUAUUACAAAAGUUUUGAUUAUGUUCGCAAUAGGAUUAUUUAUAAUUGGUUCAUUAUGUAAUUUUACUGGAUUGAUUAUGUUUACCGAAUAUUCAACUUGUGAUCCAUUAGAAGCGGGAAUUUUACAAAAACAAGAUCAAUUACUUCCAUAUUACAUCAUGGACAUUGCAAAACAACUUCCCGGAUUAGCUGGAUUUUUCAUUGCAGGAGUUUUUAGUGCGGCUUUAAGUACAAUGUCUGGAAUGCUUAACAGUUUAUCUUGUACAAUUUUUGAAGAUUUUAUUUCUCAUCGAUUACCAAAAAACACUUCGCAACGAAAAAUUAGCACAAUUCUAAAACUAAUUGUUGUUAUAAUUGGAGUUAUCAGCACGAUUAAUGUUUUCAUUGUUGAAAAGCUCGGGGGGAUGUUAGCUUUGGCGAAUAGCCUGUCUGGAAUUACAGCCGGUCCGAUUUUAGCACUUUUCGCUGGUGGGAUGCUUAUACCAAAAAUAAAUUCGAAAGGUGCUUUUUGUGGUACUUUAAUAUCUGUAUGUUCAAUGGCAAUUGUUGUUCUUGGUUCUCAAUGGUACCAAAUUAAUGGUUAUAUAACAACACCACCUCUUCCGGUUUCAAUUGAGGGAUGUCCUUUGAAUGGAACAUUUACAACAAAAACAAAUAUAAAUAUAACAUGCGGACUCAAAUAUGAAUCUAACCUCAGUCAAUUGCUUAAUAAUACUCGUAUGCAAAUCAACAUUACAUUUAUUGCGUUUAACGUAAGCAUCCCAGAACAAUGGAUUUUCUUGUUAAAUAUGAGUAAAAUCAUCACCUG